GCCUGAAAUUUGAGUAAUGCAUCGAAAACGAAAUCGUUCUCAUUCUUUCUUUGUCCCGGUAACUGAAAUAUUCAUUAUGUGCCUCGUUUUUCUAGCUCUCCUUCAAUUGUUUAAAUCUCCUUAUCAUUCAUUUUUAGUCCUAAAUUUUAUUUUCUUAGUUGACUGAGCUUAAUGCAUAUCGUUCGGCUACUCAUAUUUUUCUACAUCAUUAUAUAUUUGCUUAAUUUUGUCUGUUUUAUCUUAAACUACUGCACUUACGUUGGAUAUAAUGCACAUUCGUGACAUCCAUCUGAGCUACCUGUCCCUACCACUUAAAUAUUUCAACAAGUUAUCUAAUUUUGUUUGAUUUAAUACAUCAUUAUGGCUAUUAAUCGCAUAACCUAUUCAGGUACGUUUCUGAAAAGUCUACAACCUUUCGUUGUACAAGUUACAAAAGGCCCAACCAGAGAUAUUGUGUUUGCUGGCAAUAUGCAACGAAAAGAAUGUACAUUAUUUGGAUGUCGAUUGACUGGACUGAUAACUUCUAGCUGGCGAUCACUCAAUAUUUAUCAUCAGGAUCGACCAAAAAGUAAGAAAUAUACUGUGCUGACAAUUCUAUUUUUUACCAAAAAUAUAAUAUUGAAUCAAGCUAAUAAUAAUAAUAAUAGUUAUAUAUUCUAAAGAUUGGUUCUACAACUAAAAUGGUUCUAUACACACGAACAGUUUACGUCAACUGGAGUGAGAAAGUUUCUAAAGAAACUACAAGGUCGCUGUUUACCACUUGUUCAUGAGCGAUUUCAGUCUACUCUAUCGGAUUCACAUCGUUUGAGAAGCUUAAUUAUAGUUUCGCCUA